GAGAGAGAGAGCAAUAUAAAAAUAAUCGAAAAAUAGCCUAAGAAAAAGAAAUAUCCACAAACUACUAUAUCAACACCCACACAACACCACCCACAUCACAAUAACAUUAACAACACGCACGCACGCAUACACACACACGCACACGCACAUGCAUGUAUCUAUGCAUACAUACAUACAUACAUACAAACAUACAUACAUACAUACAUACAUAUAUAUAUAUAUAUAUAUACAUAUAUAUAUAUAUAUGUGUAUAUAUAUAUAUAUGCUGAAAAAGUGGGGUUUUGUGAAAUUCAGUUGAGUUGAAAGCAACAAGACGAGGAGAAAGUUAAGUGGAUGCGUUUAGUUGACGUGAAAACUGCUAGCCAUGGCCACCUCGUGGAUAUUUCUGCUGCUUGGAUUGUCUUUUACAUUUACUACAGUGUACGGUUAUGUUCCUACACAUGCAAGAGAUCAUUACCACAACCGAACUCGCUCCAAAUCAUUUAAGAACAUACAGCGUGGUGCUGGCGGCGGCGGUCUUGACGGUGCGUUAAAAGGGGGCGAAGGACGUCGGCAUUCCAGACCAAAACCACCAGACAGGAAACGGAAUGUCGAUAAUGCGUUGAGUCGCAGAGGCUUCAUACCUGAUACACAGAAAUGUUGUCGUGUGGGCAAGAAGGUUGCACGACGAAAGUUGGCGUGCAGUAUGAAUGUACAUCUAUCGAACAGCGACAGUAAUUCAUCAUACAGAAGCAGCGACUAUCAUAAAAGACAAUACUUAGGGAAACUUUUCCCCAAAAUCGGUCGAUGUGCGGCCAGAUUCACUAGCCAUUUUGAGAAGUGCUGCAAAAUGCGCCAAGAAUACAUGCAGCGUGUGAAGAAAUCCUGUAAAUCCCGAAAGAACUAUAGAAAGAGAAAAUGCCGGGAAGUUGUCAGGCGGAAUUUACAAUAAUAAUGAUGAUAACAACAACAACAAUAAUAAUAACAAUAACAAUAAUAAUAAUAACAAUCUGGGAUCUAUUUUAAAACGGGGGCCACAGUAUUUUCUUAACGAAACACUUUGAAACUUGGAACACUGGUAGAAUGUGUCAUAUAAAACAUCUUUUUCUCUUAGUCUUCUUAAAAAAAAAAAAAUCCUUAAGUUAUUCCAUGUUAAAGUUGUCGUAUUUCUGUAUAUUUCAACCAAUCACUGACGUCCAUUCAGCCGAUAUACAUUAAGUGCCGACUACAUAAACAAACGAUUCUGAAACAAUUCUAUCGGUGAUAAAAUUAUUAUUUCCUUGUCAAAAAAUGGCUGAAGCAUAUUGGCAGUAGCUAAUAAACCUUUCUAUUAUAGGCUAACCCUAACCCUAACCCUAACCCUAACCAU